AUGACGAUGGAAAACUCAGAUUCUGGAGGUGAAGGAGAUGAAUCUGAGGCCCAGAGCAGAAGUCAGAUGGACCAAAUGGUUCAGGAAGAUUUCUACCGGCUUGUGAAUAACCUGAGUGAAGAUGAUCACAAGCAUAGGAGGGGUAACAACUGGCUAGGCAACCGAGGGGAAAGUACAGAAGAGUUGUGUACAAGACGGAUACUCAUUAAAGAAAACCUACUGGAAAACUCAGAUGAAAGUACAGAUGAAGGAGACCCUUCGGAUGAUGGGUCUCGCAGUGACUCUUUACUAGACUGGCUUAUGUCAUUUGAACCAAAUGACAAUGUGGGAAAUGGGCAAAGAGAACAACCACCUAGGAGAGAAAGACCACAUUACAGUCCAUCAUCUGUGAAGAGCGGCUCUGCAACAGACCAGCCUGACUCUUUGGGGCAAACCAAAACAGUGACAAGAGGGCAAAGAGAACAACCACCUAGGAGAGAAGUAAGCCAGGUUAAUCCACCCAGGGAUUUCAGAUCCCGUUCAGCAGUAAAUUUUAACAAUGGGAGCCCACAUGUAAGGGAAGAGUACACACCAUCUACCAGACUUCCCAGAGGAGGAGAAGUGAAAAGCAGCCCAAGUCAAGUGAAAAAUCCACAACCUCAGCCAACAUUUACAAGACCACCUAGAUCAGAACAAAGUAGACCUGGAGCAUUAAUGGAAGGCCCUCCUACCAGAGGUCAGAAAAGAGAAAGAAGCAGAAGCCCAGACCGCAGCAGGGCCAGAGCAAGAUUUGAAAGUGUGCCACUUCCACGUUCACUCGGUCUCCUUUCACAGAGACCACAUUACAGUCCAUCAUCUGUGAAGAGCGGCUCUGCAACAGACCAGCCUGACUCUUUGGGGCAAACCAAAACAGUGACAAGAGAGCAAAGAGAACAACCACCUAGGAGAGAAGGGAGCCAGGUAUGUCCACCCAGUGAUUUCAGAUCCAGUUCAAAAAUAAAUUUUAACCUUAACAACGGGAGCCCACAUGCAAGGGAAGAGUACACACCAUCUACCAGACUUCCCAGAGGAGGAAAUGUGAAAAGCAGCCCAAGUCAAGGGGAAAAUCCACAACCUCAGCCACGAUUUACAAGACCACCUAGAUCAGAACAAAGUAGACCUGGAGCAUUAAUGGAAGGCCCCCCUACCAGAGGUCAGAAAAGAGAAAGAAGCAGAAGCCCAGACCACAGCAGAGCCAGAGCAAGAUUUGAAAGUGUGCCACUUCCACGUUCACUCGGUCUCCUUUCACAGAGACCACAUUACAGUCCAUCAUCUGUGAAGAGCGGCUCUGCAACAGACCAGCUUGACUCUUUCAAACAAACUAAAAAUACAGCAAGUGGGCAAAGAGAACAUCAGCCUUGGAGAGAAGGGAGCCAGGUCAAUCCACACAGUGAUUUUGGAUUCAGUUCAGAAAUCAAUGUUAACUUUAACAAUGGGGGUCCAAAUGCAAGAGAAGAAUACACACCAUCUACCAGACUUCCCAGAGGAGGAAAUAUGGAAAACAUCCAAAGGCAAGUAGAAUGUCCACAGCUUGAGCCAAGAUUUACAAGACCACCUAGAUCGGAACAAAGUAGAGCUAGAGCAUUCAUGGAAAGCCCCCCUACCAGAGGUCAGAAAAGAGAAAGAAGCAGAAGCCCAGACCGCAGCAGGGCCAGAGCAAGAUUUGAAAGUGUGCCACUUCCACGUUCACUCAGUCUCCUUUCACAGAGACCACAUCACAGUCCAUCAUCUGGGAAGAGUAGUUCUAUAACUAAAAAUACAAGUGGGCUAAGAGAACACCAGUGUGGGAGAGACAUGAGCCAGUUCAAUCCACAUAGUAAUCUCAGAUUCAGUUCAGAAAUCGAUGUUAACUUUAACAAUGGAGGUCCAAAUGUAAGGGAAGAGUAUACACCAUCUACGAGACUUCCCAGAGGAGAUAGUGUGAAAUACAGCCAAAGGCAAGUCGAACGUCCACAACCUGAGCCAAGAUUUAUAAGACCACCCAGAUCAGAACAAAGUAGACCUAGAGCAUUAAUAGAAGUCCAACCUACCAGAGGUCAGCAAACAGCAAGAAGCCGAAGCGAAGACCAGGGCAUAACCAGGGCAGGUAUUGAAAGGUCACCUGCACAGUCACUGGGUGAACUUUUACAAAGGCUCCAUCACAGUGUAUCAUCUCCAACUUUGGAGCAGCCUUCAGUAUGUGAGACUGAGAGAUUUUCUAGAACUCAGCACCAUGAAAUUUUGAGACAGCAAAUAACUGGACCUGAAUUGCAAAAAAGGGUUCUUUUUGCAAAUUCUGAAACAAGGAAUGCCAUACAAGGAAAAUCUUCUCCAAACACAACCAGUGAUGGUGAAUCUUGUCAACUGAGAAAGAGGAAUCCAACUAUAUCCAUCUACUCUGAAACAGGACGAGUUCAUCCUGUGGCAUAUUGUGAGAGAGAAAGCGUAACCAGUAGAACUCAGAUAACAUCUGAUACACCAAAUCAUAUUGUCACUUUAGAAAGUGAACAAGGGGAACUUAGGCAUAUGUUUUCACAUUAUGAACAGGGAGAUAUGAGAGCUUAUGUCAGUACCAUCGGAAUUCCCAUUUGUAGGACUUUAAAUACUGGUUUAAAUGAUACAACAUCCAGUGCAAUUCCAAGCACAUUAAGCCCGGCAAUGACAUAUUUCAGUGACUCAAGUAACCUUGUGGACAGUGACAGUGAUUCAGAGCCUAGUUUCUCACCCCCAAGUCAAAAUAUGGAAAGGGAAGAGUCACCCAGUGGAAGCGACAGUUCUCACGGUAGUAGGGGUUCGGGUUUCAGCUCAACUUGUAGCUGUGAUUACUGCUCACAUUACACAUUGACUUCUAGUUCAGACUUCAGUUACAUGUCUACUUCCAGUUCUAGUAUGAUGUCCAGUUCCAGCUCCAGUGAUGAAAGUUCAGACACUGCCAUAUUGUUGUUUGAUAGCAGUGAUGAAAGUGACUUUUGGCCUUCCCCUGAUGACCAUCCUCCAGGACUCAGCGAAGCACAGAUUGACAACUUGGCUGUAAGAUCCUCUGUUAAAAAUGAUACAUUGAACGAGUGUAGCAUCUGCAUUACAGAGUACAAAGAAGGCAGCCAUCUUCGCACCCUACCUUGCUCCCAUGAAUUUCAUGUUUGCUGUAUUGAUCGUUGGCUUUCUGACAACUCUACCUGUCCUAUUUGUCGCCGGAAUGUAGCAGAUUCUGGUGAGAGAGAAAAUACUAAUUGA